AUGGAAGGAGGAGUUUUCUCUGCUCAGAGUCACAAGCCUACUUAUCUUCUUCUUCUCCUUCAUAUUUUCCUGCUUGCUUUGCUUCCAUUCAAGGCCAUUUCAUCACCAAAAACACAGGCAGAAGCUUUGCUAACUUGGAAGAACACCAUUGCUUCUGCAACACCUUUUCUCACUUCAUGGUCCCUCACUAACCUCAACAAUCUUUGCAACUGGUAUGCCAUUGUUUGUGACCAGAGCAGCGAACAAGUUUCCCAAAUUGACCUCUCCAACUUCGACAUCUCUGCAACGCUAACCCAUUUCAACUUCACCCCAUUUCUCAAGCUCACCCAAUUCAACCUUAGUGGCAACUAUUUCACAGGGCCAAUUCCAUCCUCCAUAGGCCAACUCAGAAAGCUUCAGUACCUUGAUCUUAGUUACAAUUCCUUAAAUUCUUUAAUCCCUUCUGAGCUUGGCCAACUCAGAGAGCUCAAGCACCUUGAUCUUAGUUACAAUUCCUUAAAUUCUUCAAUCCCUUCUGAGCUUGGUUUUUGUACCAGCCUCACCUACUUAGACCUGACUUCCAAUCACCUUGAAGGGAAAAUUCCAUCCUCUAUAGGACAACUCAGGGAGCUUCAGUACCUUGAUCUUCACAUGAAUUCCUUGGAUUCUUCAAUCCCAUCUGAGCUUGGUCUAUGUACCAGCCUCACCUACUUGGACCUGACUUCCAAUCACCUUGAAGGGAAGAUUCCGCCUUCUAUAGGUCAACUCAGAAAUAUCCAGCACCUUGAUCUUAGUAACAAUUCCUUAAGUUCUUCAAUCCCUUCUGAGCUUGGUUUUUGUACCAGCCUCACCCACUUGAACCUGACUUCCAAUCACCUUGAAGGGAAAAUUCCCUCCUCUAUAGGCCAACUCAGAGAGCUCAAGCACCUUGAUCUUAGUUACAAUUCCUUAAAUUCUUCAAUCCCUUCUGAGCUUGGUUUUUGUACCAGCCUCACCUACUUAGACCUGACUUCCAAUCACCUUGAAGGGAAAAUUCCAUCCUCUAUAGGACAACUCAGGGAGCUUCAGUACCUUGAUCUUAGUUACAAUUCCUUAAAUUCUUCAAUCCCAUCAGAGCUUGGUCUUUGUACCAACCUCACCUACCUAGCCCUGGCUUCCAAUCACCUCAGUGGGGAACUGCCUGUGUCCUUGUCCAAACUUACCAAUAUUGUUGGAUUGGAUUUAUAUGGGAAUUCAUUUACUGGUCAACUGUUGCCUUCUCUGGUUUCCAAUUGGACUGAAAUAUUCUCUUUACGACUUCAAAACAACACCUUCGGCGGGAAUAUUCCAGCAGAAAUUGGGCUUUUGACAAAACUCAAGGUCCUUUAUCUGUUCCAAAACAAGUUCACUGCCUCGAUUCCCUCAGGGAUUGGAAACUUGAAAGAUUUGAUAGAUUUGGAUCUUUCUGGAAACCAGCUAUCAGGGCCAAUUCCAUCCUCUAUAGGCCAACUCAGGGAGCUUACCUACCUUUAUCUCGGAGAGAAUUACUUAAACUCUUCAAUCCCUUCUGAGCUUGGUCUUUGUACCAACCUCACCGACUUGUACCUGACUUCCAAUCACCUUGAAGGGAAAAUUCCACCUUCUAUAGGCCAACUCAGGGAACUUCAUUACCUUGAUCUUCAAAUGAAUUCCUUGGAUUCUUCAAUCCCAUCUGAGCUUGGUCUUUGUACCAGCCUCACCUACUUGGACCUGACUUCCAAUCACCUUGAAGGGAAAAUUCCAUCCUCCAUAGGCCAACUCAGAGAGCUCAAGCACCUUGAUCUUAGUUACAAUUCCUUAAAUUCUUCAAUCCCUUCUGAGCUUGGUUUUUGUACCAACCUCACCAUCUUGAUCCUGACUUCCAAUCACCUUGAAGGGAAAAUUCCAUCCUCUAUAGGACAACUCAGGGAGCUUCAGUACCUUGAUCUUCACAUGAAUUCCUUGGAUUCUUCAAUCCCAUCUGAGCUUGGUCUAUGUACCAGCCUCACCUACUUGGACCUGGCUUCCAAUCACCUUGAAGGGAAGAUUCCGCCUUCUAUAGGCCAACUCAGAAAGAUCCAGCACCUUGAUCUUAGUAACAAUUCCUUAAGUUCUUCAAUCCCUUCUGAGCUUGGUUUUUGUACCAGCCUGACCUACUUGGAUCUUUCGAGAAACCAGCUCUCUGGGUCAAUUCCUCUAACACUAUGCAACCUUGCAAAUGUUCCGACCUUAAAUCUUUCCAACAACAAUCUCAAUGGCCCAUUUCAGCCAGAGACUUGCUUCCCAUUUGUGGGGAAUCAUGAUUUUUCUAAUAACAAUUGGACACAGGAUGUCCAAAAAGCCCCCGACGAUACUUCUGUCGGAAACUCUGGCUUGUGUGGAGAUGCUAGGGGCCUAACUAGAGCGUGCAAUUCCAAAAAAAAUAACAACAAAGUUAUAAUUGGUGUCCUUGUACCUGUUUGUAGUAUAUCAGUGGUUGCAAUUACAAUUGCUCUGAUUCUUAUGUUCCAUAAAAAAACCAAGUGUGCACUUAAAGAAAUCAAGAGUACUGCUCAAAACUUUGAGAAUUUUGAGUCAAUGAUAUUGCAAGAAGAAGUAAAAUUUACGUUUGGGGAAGUUGUAAAGGCCGUAGACGAUUUUCAUGAGAAGUACUGCAUUGGAAGGGGAGGAUUUGGAAGGGUCUACAAGGCAGAGUUGCCAUCAGGUCAAGUUGUUGCAGUGAAGAGGCUUAACAUGUCAGACUCUAACGACAUUCCGGCAAUCAAUCUCCAAAGUUUUGAGAAUGAAAUUAGAACUUUAACAAAUCUCCGGCAUAGGAACAUCAUUCAGCUAUACGGGUUCUGUUCAAGGAGGGAAUGCAUCUUCUUGCUCUAUGAAUAUUUAGAGAGAGGCAGCCUGGGAAAGGCAUUGUAUGGGGUUGAAGGGGUAACUGAACUUGGAUGGGCUACAAGGGUCAAAGUUGUGAAAGGAUUAGCUCAUGCACUUUCUUACUUGCACCAUGACUGCUCUCCACCAAUUGUGCACCGUGAUGUAACUGUCAACAAUGUAUUGCUCGAGUCAGAUUUCGAAGCCCGACUUUCUGAUUUUGGAACAGCAAGACUGAUUAGUGCCAAUUCAUCCAACUGGACCCAUAUUGUUGGCUCAUUUGGCUACAUGGCACCAGAGCUUGCAUUGACAAUGCGAGUCACGGAUAAGUGUGAUGUGUAUAGCUUUGGGGUGGUGGCGCUGGAAGUUAUGAUGGGAAGGCACCCAGGGGAUCUGCUAGAAUCCCAGCUAUCAAAAUCAUCAAAAUCAAUGACGGAGGACAAUGCAGAGUUGCUUUUGAAGGAUUUGUUAGACCAAAGGCUGGAGGCUCCAAGCAAUGAAUUGGCAAAGGCAGUGGUGGUUGUGAUGAGUUUAGCCUUGGGUUGUAUACGUACGCGUCCCGGGUCUCGACCUACAAUGCUUUAUGUAGCACAAAAACUAUCAGCUCAGAGUCUGCCUUCCCUUCCUUUACCAUUUGGCAUGCUAACCAUCAACAAGUUGAUGGGGAUAUAAAACUAGAAGGGA